CCAGGCGUAGCGCGGUGGUUAAGGAGGGGGGAGGGUAGUGUGUUUCCACCGAGGUUAGUCCUUUAAACCGAGCUUUGGAGCGGACAGACAUUUUCAUCCUGUCCACACUCACACUCACAGCAAAACAACAAGGGAAAAACGAGAGAAAGAAAGUUAAGCAGUGUCUUUUAAUUGAAGUGAAGUUCAACAGUCAUCAUGGCAGAUGAAGCGGACAUGCGCAAUGAGCUGGCCGACCUGCAGACACGUGCAGACCAGAUCGCUGAUGAGUCCCUGGAGAGCACUCGGCGUAUGCUGGCUCUGGUCGAGGAGAGUAAAGAUGCCGGCAUCAGGACUCUGGUCAUGUUGGAUGAGCAGGGAGAACAACUGGAGCGCAUCGAGGAGGGGAUGGACCAAAUCAAUAAGGACAUGAUGGAUGCAGAAAAGAAUUUGAACAAUCUAGGACAGUUCUGUGGUCUAUGUUCAUGUCCCUGUAACAAGAUUAAGGGCGGGGGCCAGGCCUGGGGAGCAAACCAGGACGGAGUGGUGAACAGCCAGCCAGGGGCUCGAGUUGUAGAUGAACGUGAACAGAUGGCCAUCAGUGGGGGCUUCAUCCGCAGGGUAACGGACGACGCCCGGGAGAAUGAGAUGGAUGAAAACCUGGAACAGGUGGGCGGGAUCAUUGGAAACCUGCGUCACAUGGCCUUAGACAUGGGCCAGGAGAUCGACACGCAGAACCGCCAGAUUGAAAGGAUCAUGGAGAAGGCUGAUUCCAACAAGACCAGGAUUGAUGAGGCCAACCAGCGUGCCACAAAGAUGCUGGGCAGUGGCUAAACGGCAGCUUACAGUGCUCUCAUCCCUGUUAAACCCCAGUGACACCAACCAAACCCAGCCCUGCCCCAACACCAAAUGCCGACAGCAGGCGCUGCACAGUCAUGCUUUUAUUGUGAUACUGGUAGAAGUUUGCACACAUACACAUAUCAUACAUUGCUUCCCUCCCCUGCUCUCACUCCUACACCUACCUAACACUCCAUUAAAUCCCUAACCUUGUUGUCAAUGUUGCUCUGUGACGUCACUUUUUGGAUUUUGCUAUUAAAUAGUUCAGUUAGGCUUCAUCCACGCCAGUCUUAUCCACACUGUACAUAGUCCAUCUUUACUUGCUUCUGUGCCCCUGAUCUCUCAUCAUCUUCUCUACAUUCUUUUCUCUUUUUUUUAAGUUUUUGUGUAAAAUAAACUGUCUGUAAACCUUAUGUCCACAUUAUCCUUUCACAGACUUAGUAUUCUAGUAUUGUCUGCUUCAGACGCAUUCUGUAUUAUCAGAUAGGAUAUAUUAUGCUAUAUGCUAUGACUGUAUAAACAGUAAAACUGAGCACUGUAUAAAUAUAUCUAGAUGUGAAUUUGCUCAAAACUUAAUAGUUACAUAAUAGAACAUGAAUUUUGCCUGCAAUGUGACUGUCUCUGAUCUGUAUGACAGUGCAUUACCAAUCUUAUUAUUGGCACAGUGUUACAACAAUUUAAUGCCACAGAUUUUACACUGCAAACAUUUUCCUCAGGGACCUAAUCUUACUACACAAAAGCAAAGUUUGAAUUAUCUAUUAAUGCAUUAAAAAUCUAUCAAAAAUACAUAUUUCUAUCAUAAGGCUCAUUUUGAAAUGAGAUAAGUAACAGUUGCACUUGUUUGUGGUCUGCACAGCAUUAUUGGGGAGCAAAUAUUAGGUUGUAACCAAGAUCUACAGCAGUGAGUCCAAGUAUACAGCACAUUUUAAAAAGUGUCAGCAACAUCUUUGCAUAAACUAAAGACCCAUUCCACAACCAAAGCAAUAGAGCAUUAAGUGCAUUAUGCAUGUUUUCUGCUUCUCAAAGCAUGAAAUAAUUCAUUUAUCCAGAAAAACAUCCUAACUUGGCAACAGCAUGCUACAUACUGUAGCAUAAACAGAGAAGGAACUUAUAUCUGUUUGCAAUAGUGCCACUCAGUUUUGUGUCUCCUUACCUUUCCAGACUGUGAUCAUCACUGUAAAAUAAUAUGUACCUUGUUAAAUGCCAAUAAAACCAUCUAAACUGUAGGACCAAA